CUGGAACAGACGGCUAUCAAGGCGCUGAAACAAAGGACAGCCAUACUCCGCUCUCAGCAUGGGUCAAGCUCCCAGUGGUAACGCUGGCCGCGGAAAGGGUGGAGAUAAAGACAAGAAGAAGGAUCAACAGAAGAAGUGGGAGCCGCCGCUGCCGACUCGGGUUGGCAAGAAGAAGAGCAAAGGCCCAGCCUCGGCAAGCAAGCUACCACAAGUGUACCCCAACUCACGAUGCAGACUGAAGUUGCUGAAGCUAGAGCGGAUCAAGGACCAUCUCUUGCUAGAGGAAGAAUUUGUACAGAAUCAAGAGAGGCUCAAGCCCCAGGAGGACAAGGAUGCAGAGGAGCGCACAAAGGUGGACGACCUCCGAGGUAGCCCCAUGAGCGUUGGCACCCUGGAGGAGAUCAUCGACGACGAGCAUGCCAUUGUCAGUAGCGCAACAGGACCAGAGUACUACGUCCCCAUCAUGAGCUUUGUGGACAAGGAUAUGCUGGAGCCGGGCUGUCAGGUGCUGCUUCAUAACCACGGUCACGCUAUCGUGGGAGUCUUGGCAGAUGACGUAGACCCCAUGGUCAGCGUGAUGAAGGUAGACAAAGCUCCCACUGAGACAUACGCAGACGUCGGUGGACUUGAUCAGCAGAUUCAGGAAAUCAAGGAAUCGGUGGAGCUGCCUCUCACACAUCCAGAGCUAUACGAAGAAAUGGGCAUCCGACCUCCGAAGGGUGUCAUCCUCUAUGGCCCUCCAGGCACAGGAAAGACUCUUCUGGCCAAGGCCGUGGCCAACCAGACGUCGGCUACUUUCCUCCGCAUGGUGGGCUCUGAGCUGAUCCAGAAGUAUCUCGGAGAUGGACCGAAGCUCGUCCGUGAGCUCUUCCGGGUGGCAGACGAGAAUGCUCCGACGAUCAUCUUCCUCGACGAAAUCGAUGCCAUCGGAUCGAAGCGUUACGAUGCUUCCUCAUCUGGAGAGCGCGAAAUCCAAAGGACGCUCCUGGAGCUGCUGAAUCAGAUGGACGGUUUUGACACGAGGAACGACGUCAAGGUGAUCAUGGCCACGAACAAGAUCGAGAAUCUGGACCCUGCCUUGAUCAGGCCAGGACGUAUUGAUCGAAAGAUUGAGUUCCCGCUACCGGACCACAAGAUCAAGAUGUCGAUUUUGAGGAUCCACACUUCGAGGAUGAACCUGGCCUCCGACGUCGACCUCGAGCAGCUCAUCUCUGAGAAUGAUGGGCUGUCGGGCGCUGAUAUCAAGGCACUGGCCACCGAGGCAGGCCUGUUGGCAUUGAGGGAGAGGAGGAUGCAGGUGACGAAGAAGGAUCUCGACAGCGCAAAGGAGAGAGUAUUGGCUAGGAAUGAGGAUCAGGGUCCUGCUGGUCUGUACCUGUAGAGCAACGAGAGAUGGAAGAAGGAAAGCCCAGUUCAUCCAACUCUCAGCUGCGAGAAGAGUCAAUGCCAGAGCCC